CCGUAUAGACAUUGUUUCUUCGACAGUUGAGAGAUUUUAAGACAUUUUUUUAUAAGUGAAGACAUCGUUUGGGGGACAUUAUGUCGUGUUGGGAGUGAAGAAGGAAUUCUCAGCGAUUGUUCAGCCCACAUUUGGCUUGCACAGUACCAACACCGUCACAUUGCCGACUGGAGCACGUCCAAACGGGAUGCAGACAUGCAGUGUGGGCCAGACAUGUUGGAGGAGCUGUUUCCUAACCUAAAUCAUGUCUUACAAGGAAAGGAAGACAUAGAUGACCAAGUAGAACACUAGACCACUGUAGAUGGACAACACAGACACCUGCAGGACAAAGAAGAUGGACGCCAACAAAGUAUGGCAGUGGCGCAUUAUGCAUGUUAAGAAAUAUUCAAGACGUCCAGAUCCAUUCUAUUUCAGCAAUAGAAUAGGAUUGGACUUUAAUGUAGCAUCCAGCGCACAGAAAAAACUGGACUUACAGUUAGUGACCAAUGGUGUCAUACUUGAGAUUUGUAACUUUGCUAAAAUCGUGAACAAGAGUAAAAGGCGUUUUUUGACAAACAUUUUGGAGAACAAUUUUGAUUUAGGCUUUGAAAAUGAACAACAGCGGAUUGAUUUUUCUGCUCGUAUUUAUUACAAAGUCAAAGAGCUGAUCAGGAAACCUCCUAAAGAUAAAAAUGAAGUUUUCACUCUGUUUGACACAUCAUCUAAGGCAGAACGCAACAGCAACUAUGGACUGACCACUGCAUCUUCAGAGCACCUGGUGGAGAUGGAUGAAACUGAUCAUAGUGAACAUGAAGAUGAAUUCAAGUUUUCACAAGUAACAUCCAAGGAAUACUUGCAGACAGAAGGUCUGUCAGAAGAGAUGGACGAAGCACCUGGUGAUGACAGUGAACAUGAGGAUGAAUUCAAGUGUUCACAAGUAACAUCCAAAGAAUACUUACAGACAGAAGGCCUCUCAGUAGAGAUGGACAAAGCACCUGGUGAUGACACUGAACAUGAGUAUGAAUUUAAGUAUUCAAAAGCACAGUCAGCAGAAGAACUACAGGAGGAUUGUCUUCCCCCUUUGUUUCCUUACAGUGAAGGAAUUGGUCUGAACCUUGACGUUGGGUCGAAACAAAGUCUAGAUCCAGAUUUGCUGACAAAUGGAGUAAUGUUAGAAUUAGUACACUUUACCAGGAUACUGACUGCAUCCUACAGCCUUAUUGUUCUUGAUGUGUUGGAGCACAAUUUUGAACUUGAUCUCAAAAGUCAACAAGGGAAAAGUCGACUGUGGUUCAAGAUAUGUCACCUGCUGAGAAGAAGAAAUCGACUCCUCGCUACUGGUACCAAAAUCAGCCUAAAUUUUAAAGAUGAGCAGUUUUCCUUCCAGACAAACCCCUUAAAAAGAACUAAGUUUUCAACACUGUCCAAUGUGGAAGCCUCACAGUAUCACCUCAAGGAUGUGAUGAAAAGAAGACAGUCUGAUUUAAAAAGUGACCAGAAAAAGAGGGCGCUGCCAAGAUCAAGUGAAAGGGCAAACAAAAGACACAGAAUAGAACAGUUUGAAGACAUGGAGACAAACUCACUCUCUCAUCACACUGAUUUGUGUACCAGUGAAAAAGCGGAGGGAGAUCAUUGUCACACUUUUCCACUAGGAGAGUCUGAUCAAGACUCUGACAAAGUCACAAAUCCAGGAUACACUGGCAAACUGGAUCACUUACAAAGCCCAAAAAGUUGUUCACUGAACUCUGACAUAGCUGGAGACUCAGAGCCAAGUUAUCUUGCUUAUUGUACGCCUUUAUGCACCACCACUGAAAUCUCAUCCAGUUCACCAACUGUAAACUCAAAUGUGAACCCACCAUUUGCAAGUCAACCUGAAGAAAGGGGGCUCUGUGGAGGGGAAGAGCCAUCACAGACUCCAAGAAAUGCAUCAAAUAAACAUGACAUGGAGCAAGACGAAAUGGGAACAGAGAUCAUGUGGAAGUUACGUGCUAACCGUGUAAAACAAAUCCUCUCCUCACCAAAGACAGAAAAAGAUUAUUGUCAAUUUACCAUGUCCAAGAAAGCAGGCCUUGAAUUUAAUGUUGGAUUUGGCCCAAAGAAAAACAUCAGUGUUGACUCUUUAACUAAUUCUGUUCUGCUUGAAGUUGCUAAAUUUGCCUUAGCAAUGAAUUCAUCUCAACAGGAUUUCAUCAUGGAGAUUCUUGAGUACAACUUUGACUUUGGCCUGCAGAGUCAACACCAGAGGAAUCUUUUCACAUGUGAAAUUAUGAAAAGAGUAAGAAAGCUGAGAAUUUGUGAAGAUGCAGUCAAAUUCUCAAAAGAGGUUUUUCAACUGCCUGGACCCAUGUCAUCAAAAAUGAAUAUGGCUAAUCAGAGUGUGGUUGGAGUAACUCCAGAACUCAGCAGUGAAUUGAGAAUUAAGGAGUGUGCUGUUGUUCUGGUACGUCUGCCUCAUUCACAUGCCGAAACUAAACAACUUAUAUCACAGAAGAUUGUGGAUAUUUAUCCCUUCUGCAAGAAAAUAGGUCUGAAACUGCAUGUGAACAAAAGUCAACCAAACAAAAAACUGGAUAUCAACAACCUGACCAAUGGAGCAAUGACUGAAGUGAUGAACUUUGCAGAAAAGUUGUGUGGAACAUUUGAGCAGAUUUGUCUUGACAUUCUCAGACACAACUUGGAUCUUGAUUUGCAAAGUGGACAUUCUGAUCUUGCCAGAGAUAUUCUUGCACGAAUUCCUGUCAUAAUGGAGCAGAAGAAUGUAUCAAAUUGUGCAAGCCUCGACAGGAAAAUAAAAGGCACAGGAACAGAUUAUUCAACAAUGGUGCAACUGGAUUGCCAAAACAGCGCAAAUUUAGAUGCAAGCAGUGCUGGUCCUUCCGAGGCUGCUACCAUAGACCAAUAUGUAGACACUUCUGCUGACAUCCAACAGCAAGAUGAACACAAUUUAAUGCUGUGGAAAUUGCGGGCCAGUUAUAUUGAGUACAUCCUCUCAGUACCUCAUGAAGAACAUUGCCAAUUUUAUUCUUACUCCAGAUGCAAAAAAAUUGGCAUUGAUUUCAAUGUAGGAUCUGGAAUUAAACAAAAUCUUGAUCCCAAGUUACUGACCAAUGGCAUCAUGGUUGAACUGACCAAGUUUGCCACAGCCUUGUUAUCAUCCCAAAGGUAUUUCAUCACAGAUAUACUGGAGUACAAUUUUCAUCUUGAUUUCAAGAAUGAGCUGCAUCGCAGUGCAUUUGCAACGCAAACUUGGUAUGCAAUUCAAGCAGUACGUAAAAAGUUCAACUUUAGUCGAAUAAAUAUGCUUUUUGAACUCCCUGACCUGAGGUACAUACAAGAAUCUACCACGUGUUGCCCCAGAUGCUAUCAAGUCAGAAGUGACAAGCUUCAUCAGGAUGAAUCUGACGCUGGUCACAUGCAUCAUCCCCGUCCACAUACCAUGACUGACACAUUCCUUGCUGAUGCAAACUCCACAGCACAGAAGCCUGCAAAGGAUCUGUCCUCCACUCUCUCAGCAGCAGUGGAAACAAUAAUUGACAGGUACUCUCGCUGCAAGAAAAUAGGUCUGGACCUGUGCGUAGACAAAAACCAACCAAAAGAUAAAGUGGACUUGCAUUUACUGACACACGGCAUUAUAAAUGAAGUGUUCAAUUUUACCAUGAAACUGUGUGGGACAAAAAAUAAGAUCAUCAAUGAUGUCCUUGAACACAACUUCAAAAUUGGCAUGCAGAGGCAAGAUAUCAAUCCUGCAGCGAUGUUCCUUGCGGUGCUGAAGAAGUAUAAAAAAUCUGGCAGUCAGGCCUGGUUAAGUGAAGUCUAUGUAAUUCAACACUAUCCACAAAAACAAUUUAGACAUGCAAGUAAAGGGAAACAGGCAACAUCCAUGCGGAAAAGUGAAUUGAAAGAAACGCUCAAAAACAGAAAGCUGGCACUACAAACCAAGGGAAAAGUCACAGCACCAGAGAGAAUGGGAACAGAGAACUACUACACUUGUCCUCUAGGAGAGUCAGAUCUAGAGUGGGGUGACAUUACAGAUUCAGGAGGUGAGGAGCAAACACAAACUCUUAGAAAUGAGCCAACUGAAUGUGACAUGGAGCAAGAGGAAAUGGGAACAGAGACUCUGUGGAAGUUGCGUGCUAACCGUGUAAAACAAAUCCUGUCCUCACCGAACAGAGCGUUUGGUGAAUACUCCUGGUCCAAGAAAGCAGGCCUUGAGUUCAAUGUUGGAUUUGGCCCAAAGCAACACAUCAGUGUUGACUCUUUAACUAAUUCUGUUUUGCUUGAAGUUGCUAAAUUUGCCUUAGCGAUGAAUUCAUCUCAACAGGAUUUCAUCAUGGAGAUUCUUGAGUACAACUUUGACUUUGGCCUGCAGAGUCAACACCAGAGGGAUCUUUUCAUAUGUGAAAUUAUGAAAAGAGUAAGAAAUUCGAGAAGUUGUGAAGAUGCAGUCAGAUUCUCAAAAGAGUAUUUGCAACUUCCUGGUCCCAUGUCGUCAGUAAAUAUGGCAAAUCAGAGCAUGGGCAGUGUCAAUCCCGAACUCAGCAGUGAAUUGAGAGUUGAGGAUUGUGAUGUUGCCUCUGUGUGUCCUCCUAAUUUAAAUGCUAAAACCAAACACAUUUCACAGAAGAUUGUGGAUCUAUAUCCCUUCUGCAAGAAAAUAGGUCUGAAACUGCAUGUGAACAAAAUUCAACCAAACAAAAAACUGGAUAUCAACAACCUGACCAAUGGAGCAAUGACUGAAGUGAUGAACUUUGCAGAAAAGUUGUGUGGAACAUUUGAGCAGAUUUGUCUUGACAUUCUCAGACACAACUUGGAUCUUGAUUUGCAAAGUGGACAUUCUGAUCUUGCCAGAGAUAUUCUUGCACGAAUUCCUGUCAUAACGGAGCAGAAGAAUGUAUCAAAUUGUGCAAGCCUCAACAGGAAAAUAAAAGGCACAGGAACAGAUUAUUCAACAAUGGUGCAACUGGAUUGCCAAAACAGCGCAAAUUUAGAUGCAAGCAGUGCUGGUCCUUCCGAGGCUGCUACCAUAAACCAAUAUGUAGACACUUCUGCUGACAUCCAACAGCAAGAUGAACACAAUUUAAUGCUGUGGAAAUUGCGGGCCAGUUAUAUUGAGUACAUCCUCUCAGUACCUCAUGAAGAACAUUGCCCAUUUUAUUCUUACUCCAGAUGCAAAAAAAUUGGCAUUGAUUUCAAUGUAGGAUCUGGAAUUAAACAAAAUCUUGAUCCCAAGUUACUGACCAAUGGCAUCAUGGUUGAACUGACCAAGUUUGCCACAGCCUUGCUAUCAUCCCAAAGGUAUUUCAUCACAGAUAUACUGGAGUACAAUUUUCAUCUUGAUUUCAAGAAUGAGCUGCAUCGCAGUGCAUUUGCAACGCAAACUUGGUAUGCAAUUCAAGCAGUACGUAAAAAGUUCAACUUUAGUCGAAUAAAUAUGCUUUUUGAACUCCCUGACCUGAGGUACAUACAAGAAUCUACCACGUGUUGCCCCAGAUGCUAUCAAGUCAGAAGUGACAAGCUUCAUCAGGAUGAAUCUGACGCUGGUCACAUGCAUCAUCCCCGUCCACAUACCAUGACUGACACAUUCCUUGCUGAUGCAAACUCCACAGCACAGAAGCCUGCAAAGGAUCUGUCCUCCACUCUCUCAGCAGCAGUGGAAACAAUAAUUGACAGGUACUCUCGCUGCAAGAAAAUAGGUCUGGACCUGUGCGUAGACAAAAACCAACCAAAAGAUAAAGUGGACUUGCAUUUACUGACACACGGCAUUAUAAAUGAAGUGUUCAAUUUUACCAUGAAACUGUGUGGGACAAAAAAUAAGAUCAUCAAUGAUGUCCUUGAACACAACUUCAAAAUUGGCAUGCAGAGGCAAGAUAUCAAUCCUGCAGCGAUGUUCCUUGCGGUGCUGAAGAAGUAUAAAAAAUCUGGCAGUCAGGCCUGGUUAAGUGAAGUCUAUGUAAUUCAACACUAUCCACAAAAACAAUUUAGACAUGCAAGUAAAGGGAAACAGGCAACAUACACGCGGAGAAGUGAAUUGAAAGCAGUAUUCGAAAAAAGAAAGCUGGCACUACAAACCAAGGAAAAAGCCACAGCACAAGAGGAAAUGGAAACAGAGAGCAACUACACUUGUCCUCUAGGAGAGUCAGAUCUAGAUUUGAACAUCACAGAUUCAGGAGGUGAAGAGCAAACACAGACUCUUGUGCCAAAUGAAUGUGACAUGGAGCAAGAGGAAAUGGGAACAGAGACUCUGUGGAAGUUGCGUGCUAACCGUGUAAAACAAAUCCUCUCCUCACCAAACAAAGAGUUUGGUAAAUUCACCUUGUCCAAGAGAGCAGGCAUGAAGUUUUAUGUUGGAUUUGGCCCAAAGCAACACAUCAGUGUUGACUCUUUAACUAAUUCUGUUCUGCUUGAAGUUGCUAAAUUUGCUUUAGCAAUGAAUUCAUCUCAACAGGAUUUCAUCAUGGAGAUUCUUGAGUACAACUUUGACUUUGGCCUGCAGAGUCAACACCAGAGGGAUCUUUUCACAUGUGAAAUUAUGAAAAGAGUAAGAAAACUGGGAAGUUGCGAAGAUGCAGUCAAAUUCUCAAAAGAGGUCUUUGAACUUCCUGGUCCCAUGUCGUCAAUAAAUAUGCCAAGUCAGAGCAUGAUCAGUGUCAAUUCUGAACUCAGCAUCGAAUCAAGAAUGGAAGAAUGUGAUGUUGCUCCUGUGUGUCCUUCUGAUUCACACACUGAAAGCAAAGAACAUAUAUCAGAGAUGAUUGUGGAUCCUUAUCCCUUCUGCAAGGAAAUUGGUCUGAAGCUACACGUAAACAACCGUAAACAAAACACAAAACUGGAUAUCAACAAACUGACCAAUGGAGCAAUGAGUGAAGUGACAAACUUUGCAGAACAAUUGUGUGGAACAUUUGAGCAGAUUUGUCUUGACAUUCUCAGACACAAUUUUGAUUUCGAUUUGCAAAGUGGAGAUGCCAGAAGUAUUGUUGCUGCUGUAUGUGAGCAAAAGAAUCUAUCAUCAAAACUUUCAAAACAUUUGAAAAUAAAGGGCACAAAAGCAACAAACCUAAAUCAAGAUUGCCAGAAUGACCAAACUUUAGAUGCAAGUGGUACUGGAUAUUCCCAGGCUGCAGUAAUGGACGACAAGACUGAAUACCCAGAAGAGUUAGAUUUAAAGCUGUGGAAAUUGCGGGCCAAUCAAAUGCAGCAAAUCCUCUCAAUACCUCACGGAGAACAUUGCCCAUUAUAUUCUUACCCCAGAUGCAAAACAUUGGGCAUUGAUUUCAGUGUAGGAUCUGGAGUAAAGCAGAAUCUUGAUCCCAAGUUACUGACCAAUGGCAUCAUGGUCGAAGUGGAUACAUUUGCCAACGCACUGCACUCAGCAGAAAAGUAUUUCAUCACAGAGAUACUGGAGUAUAAUUUUCAUCUUGAUUUCAAGAGUGAGCUGCAUCGCACUGCUUUUACGCUGCAAAUUUGGACAAAAGUUAGAGGGCUAAGAAAGCACAAAAGUAGCAAUACUCGAAUGAAUCUGCCUUUUGAACUCCCUGACAUACAAGAACCUAUUUCUGACAGACCUAAAUAUUGCCCUAAAUGCUAUCAAGACAGAAAUGAUAAGCUUCAUCAGGAUGAAUCCGAAAAAAUGCAUCAUCCUCAUCCACAUAUAAUGCUAGACACAGUUUCUGCAGAUGCAAACUGCAUAGAACAAAAGCCUGCAAAGGAUCCUUCCCUUACCUCCUCAGCAACAGAGGAGACGAUAAUGGACCGCUACCCUCGCUGCAAGAAAAUAGGUUUGAACCUGUGUGUGAACAAAGACCAACCAAAAGAUAAACUUGACAUGCAUGUAUUGACAAGCGGGAUUAUCGUUGAAGUGGCUAGUUUUGCCAAAAAAUUGUGUGGGUCAAAACUUAAAACCAUUUGUGCAAUCAUUGAAAACAACUUCAACAUGAGCCUGCAGCCUGUAGAUAUAUGGAACAAAGUCUGGCUUAGUAAAGAAAUACACAAGGAUGGUGGACACGCAUGGUUGGAUGAAGUCUGUGUUUUUCAGCCACAAAGACAACCCAGGCAUUUAAAACUUGUUGAGGCAUCUGCCACGCAGAUUAGCGAAAGGAAGGAAACUAUUAAAAAAAGGAUGCUGGCACUUCAAACUAAGGAGAAAAGACCCACGCUGCCAAGUCCUAACACAAGUGUCGUAAAAUCAAAGACACAUCAACAGAGUAAGGGGAAAUGUUUUCCCCAUUGCACAGAGAUAGGUCUGGAUCUAGAUGUCACAUCAAAAUCAGGGGAGAAAGAGAAGCUGGACUUGAAUUUAUUGACGAGAGCUGUAGUGUGUGAGAUCCAUAAAUUUGCAGUCAAGAACCCAGGAAACUACAUGCCACACACACUGUUUGACAUUCUUGACUAUAACUUUGAUCUUAGCUCACAACAUUACAGGCGCUGGGAAUUUUCCAUAGCUACUACAUCCAAAGUCCAAACCAUGGUCAAGCAGCGUGACAUGAAUCGAAACAGACCACAUGAAGUCUUCAAGUUGCCAUUUAUAUUUGCUCCCAGGAGACAUAAUGAGAAACCAAAAAAGCAUUCCAGGAAAGAACCAGUCAAAAAAAAGAGAAUGGGCAGAAACCAUUCAGAUUCCAGUGAUGAUGAUUUUCUUAAUGUUGUCGAAACUAACGAGGUGGCUUGGUCCUUUGAGGACACUGAGUUCUCAAUAGAUCCUUGGUCGGCACUGCCAAUGUGUGGAAGUCCAGUGAGUGAAGGUUGUGACAGUCCUCUCCAGGGAAACAUACAGAUCGGAGAGAAGGAGUACGAUGCACAUUUUGGCAAUAUGAAACCAGAACUGGACAGUGAGACGGCAGUGCCCAUGAGCGGGAGUCUUGAGAGUGAAGCUUGUGGCAGUCCUGUCCAGGGAAACAUACAGACAAAAGAGGAGAAGUACUAUCCACAGUAUAGCAAUAUGAAACCAGAACUGGACACUGGGACAAUAGUGCAGAUGAGUGGAAGUCUAUUGAGCGUAGGUAGUGGCAGUCCUCUCCAGGGAAACAUACAGAAGAAAGAGGAGGAGCAUGAGCCACAUUAUGGCAAUAUGAAAUCAGAACCAGACACUGAAAUGUUAGUGCCAUUGAGUGGGAGUCCAGUGAGUGAAGGUUGUGACAGUCCUCUCCCGGGAAACGCACAGAUUAAAGAGGAGUACAAUCCACAUCAUGGCAAUAUUAAACCAGAACCAGACACAGAGGAAAAACAUAACGAUGAUGUCAAGACAAAGUCAAACACUGAAGAUGCUCAGCACUUAGUCCCAGAUGUGGCUACAGGACUCCUUGGGUAUAUGCCAGUGGUAGUUUUGCCAAACUUUGUUGGACUGCAGGCGGGAUUGCAAAACCAGUAUGUCCAGUGUUACAUCCUGGCAGAACCACAAGGACCUGCUAUACGUCCUGACAUUGUGAGUAACAUAACACCCAGACUGAACACUGAGGGUGUUCAGUAUUUAGUCCCAGUUCAAGCAGUCGGAUGCCCCAUGGUAACCAUAGGUCCAGGCAAUGAGAGCACAUUGAUCAAACAAGGGCAAGAAAAUGUGCCAGCUGACUUGCAGCAAGGUGAAGUUCACAGAAAAUGAAGUGGGCAUCUAACAGUAAUGAAAUCCUUAAGCCUCUAAAUUAUAGUUUCACACUAAACAGAUGCUAUUAGCUGCCUUGGUUUCUAUGGAACUGUAUUGAGAAUGUAAUUCGUGACUUAUUUCAGGAAUGUAUACUUUAAAAAGCUCGGGUAAACUCAUACUCAAGAAAUGGAGGCCUAACAGAUGGCUAAUGCAUAAGGUUGUAAAUAUUCUGCUUUGAAGUUUUGUUGUAAAAAGGACAAGUUGAAAAUAUAUUACACUUUUUUAUGUUUCCUUUUCUUUUGGUCAAUUGAGACUGGACAUUGCUGACUUUGUGGAUAUCAGAUAAUUGUAUUAUAGUCAUGUGAGACAGUCUCGCCUGACUUUAAAAGUGCCUGUUCUGUUUGGUUUUUUUUUCUGAUCAUUUUAUACAUAGAUUAUUGUCACUUUUAUUUUUGAAAAAGCAAGUUUGCAAUGAAAAUAUUUUGUAAAUGACACAAACUGUGGACACUGAAUUUGUCAUAAAUUUGUAAAUAUGAGUGUGUCCAUACUUUGUUCUUAAUUAGUAAGCACAGCAUUUCAUGGAUAUACAGGAUAACAGAAAUCAAAAUGACCUGUAUCUGGAUGGACUUGUCUAUUGCUCAUUGCUGUUUUAGUACAUUUAUAUAAACUUUGAAAGCAUC